AGGCAGGUGUAGUGGAGUAUCUAUCUUCCCACCUUGGCGUAAAAGAAAAGAAAAUCUGCAGUCUGUGUCGUCUCCUCCGGUCCUUGCGCGCAAGACCGAGUCGCGGCUGCCGAUCUCCAUCUGCCGAUCGAGCAGAGCAUAGCAGGGGAUCCUGCUCUUCUGUAGGAAAUGGCUGACGGUGAGGACAUCCAGCCUCUUGUCUGUGACAAUGGCACUGGAAUGGUCAAGGCUGGUUUCGCUGGGGAUGAUGCACCAAGGGCCGUGUUCCCUAGUAUUGUUGGCCGUCCUCGCCACACCGGUGUUAUGGUAGGAAUGGGGCAGAAGGAUGCCUAUGUUGGUGAUGAGGCACAGUCCAAGAGAGGUAUCCUCACGCUCAAGUACCCCAUCGAGCACGGUAUCGUGAGCAACUGGGAUGACAUGGAGAAAAUCUGGCAUCACACUUUCUACAAUGAGCUUCGUGUGGCGCCCGAGGAGCACCCUGUGUUGCUCACUGAAGCUCCUCUGAACCCUAAAGCCAACAGAGAGAAGAUGACCCAGAUUAUGUUUGAGACUUUCAAUGUCCCUGCAAUGUACGUCGCUAUCCAGGCCGUGCUUUCCCUCUAUGCCAGUGGCCGUACUACUGGUAUUGUUCUUGAUUCUGGUGAUGGUGUCAGCCACACAGUGCCCAUUUAUGAAGGAUAUGCGCUUCCUCAUGCCAUUCUCCGUUUGGAUCUGGCUGGUCGUGACCUCACAGACUCCCUUAUGAAGAUUCUGACUGAGAGGGGUUACUCCUUCACAACCUCCGCUGAGCGGGAAAUUGUAAGGGACAUCAAGGAGAAACUUGCGUAUGUUGCCCUUGAUUAUGAGCAAGAGUUGGAAACCGCCAAGAACAGCUCCUCAGUUGAAAAGAGUUAUGAGCUACCUGAUGGUCAAGUAAUCACAAUUGGUGCAGAGAGGUUCAGGUGCCCCGAGGUCCUCUUCCAGCCAUCCAUGAUCGGUAUGGAGGCUGCUGGUAUUCACGAGACCACCUACAACUCCAUCAUGAAGUGCGACGUGGAUAUCAGGAAGGACCUUUAUGGCAACAUUGUGCUCAGUGGUGGUACAACCAUGUUCCCAGGCAUUGCUGAUCGUAUGAGCAAGGAGAUCACUGCCCUUGCCCCGAGCAGCAUGAAGAUUAAGGUCGUUGCUCCACCUGAGCGCAAGUACAGCGUCUGGAUCGGAGGGUCGAUCCUAGCCUCACUCAGCACUUUCCAACAGAUGUGGAUAUCAAAGGACGAGUACGACGAAUCUGGCCCAGCAAUUGUCCACAGGAAAUGCUUCUGAUUUUCUCAAGUGCUCUGCUCUUGUCAUCUGUAGUAUCGAGUUAUGUUUGAUUCGUUUUUCUAGCGAUGUAUUGGAGAUUUGCAGGCUAUGUUUGUUUUCUUUUUGGAGACGACUUCUCUAUGUGUUCGAUCAGUGUAAGAAUGUCCUAUGUUUGUGUCAUCUCAGAUUGUUUGUUUGAGUUCACUUGUCAAACUUGGUUCGUUUGAUUGGUCAGAACUGUCUGUAUGAGCUUAUUGUUCUAUACAUUGCUCCAAGGGUAUAAUUAUGUUAAAUUUUGGAUCUAUUUCAA